ACAGAAAAAGAAAAGCAGCGGGGAAUUGUGUGCAAGCAUCCCCCUUAUCGCGUCGUCCCUUUCGUUCUCCCCAUCCAUCCUUUCUUUCAUUCUUUUCCCGAUCGAAUCGUUUGAGUUGUAGGUCUCCUCAAUCGAUUUCGAUUCGAGAGGGGAUCGAGUUCUGUGUUGGCUUUGUAGAUCGUUCUUCUCUUUUGGCUUGUGAUUCCUCGGGCGUCGGAAGUGUUUGUUCUUCGCAAGCCUUUUUUUUUUGUAUAUCGGUAAUCUCGACGGGAGAGGUUGCCGUGUCCGAUUUCGAUGCUCCCAGGCCUCAAGAUCCAGUUUUGACGCCGUCUCUGAGCUCCCCGUGCUGAUCCCGCGAGAGAGGAUGGGCAACGCCGGUAGCAACGGCGGAGGGGGUGCCCCUGGUAGCCGCCGCCGGGGCACCGCCCACGGCCACGGCCACCAUCAGGUCCACCACCACCACCACCACCAGGCGUCCUCUCCGCCUCCGCCGCCGCCGCCGGAGUCGUCCCCCAGCCACUACGUGUUCGCGGCCGCCACGCCGUACCCUCCGCCGCAGUACACCAACCCCAACCUGCCGCCGCGGUACUACCCUCAAUACGGAAAUUACUACCCGCCGCCGCCGCCGUCGCUGCAGGUGCCCCUCCCGGCGCCGUACGACCACCACCACAGGGGCGCCGCCGCGGGGGAGUUCCCGCCAUCGGCCCCGCCCCACCACUACCACGGCUGGCCUGGGGCCUCUGGGCGGCAACCCUGCGGAUUCCAGCAGCACAUGCCGACGCCGUACGUCGAGCACCAGAAGGCUAUUACGAUCCGCAACGAUGUCAAUCUCAAGAAGGAAACCCUUCGGGUUGAGCCUGAUGAGGAGUGCCCCGGCCGCUUCCUCGUAGCCUUCACCUUUGACGCCACCGUUGCUGGAAGCAUGACUGUUUACUUCUUUGCAAAAGAAGACCUCAACUGCAAUCUAACAGCGGUGAAAGAAGACCUGAUUAAGCCUGUUACUGUUAGCUUCAAAGAGGGUCUUGGUCAGAAGUUCAGGCAGCCUUCUGGCACAGGAAUCGACUUCUCCAUGUUUGAGAAAUCUGAGUUAUUGAAGCAGGGGGACAUGGAUGUAUAUCCACUUGCAGUUAAAGCUGAAACGAGGCCUGUUGAUCAGCAGUUGGAAGGAGAAGAUCAAAAGACAAAAACUCCAAACUCACAGAUCACACAGGCCCUGUUUGAAAAGAAGGAAAGCGGGGACUAUCAAGUUCGAGUUGCUAGCCAGAUCCUUUGGGUCAAUGGAACUAGGUAUGAAUUGCAGGAAAUAUACGGAAUAGGAAACUCGGUGGAAGGCGAUGUUGAUGCCAAUGAUCCUGGGAAAGAAUGUGUUAUUUGCCUCUCGGAGCCAAGGGAUACUACUGUUCUCCCUUGUAGGCAUAUGUGCAUGUGCAGUGAGUGUGCCAAGGUCCUGAGGUACCAGACGACCCGAUGCCCUAUCUGCCGACAGCCUGUUGAGCGGCUCCUCGAGAUCAAAGUCAACAACAAAGCUGAAGAGCAGCAGUCACCGCAAUCACCGAUCAAAGCCAACAGCAAAGCUGAAGAGCAGGAGCAGUCACCCCAAUCCCAAUCAUCACCUAUCCCACCCACGCCUCCGACAUAAGGAAGGGGUGUAGCCACGAAAGAUACUGGGCGUGUAUGACCAUGAUAUGCCCUCCAGAUUGUGGGCUUGUGGCCAUCCGACCUUCUCCGUUUUGUGAUUGCGCUCUUUGCUCAAGCAUGGCGGGAUGUAACAGAUGUGUACCUUCAGUGUAUGUUAGCACAUAAGCUCCUGGUAUAAUGUGGCUUUUCUGGGCUGUGGAUGCCGAGAGGGAGUGGAUUGGGUGUGCCAUAUAACACAUCACAUGGAUUCAUGCUUGUAUGAUUGCCCUAACCUGAACAAGUGGAGGACAUCCCAUGCCUACUCUACUGGGGUUCCUCCAUCAUCAGGGAGAAAAAAUUGCUACAGAAGGUGGACUCCAGAUUUGUACAAAGCCACAUGAUUCCCAUUAUACUGUUACCCUGAUGAUGAUA